AUGCGGGUCUUCACUUCUUUGACGGCCUUGGUAGCCGGUACCGUAGUGCAGCACGCAAGUGCUCAGGCAGAUUACGGAACGCAUGGCGGCAACCGGGGCAAUAGUCCUAAUGGCAAUGGCAACUCUGCUGGCCUUCCUGCCGGAUCUCCAAACGGCGGCUUCAAUGAUGACCCCAAUGGCAAUGCCUAUGGAAAUCCAAGUGGAAAUUCCAAUGGCUCUCCUGCUGGCCUCCCUGGAAAUCUCCCCGGUUCAACCCCUGGCAUGUCUACCUGCGCUCUCCAAGUCGUCACAACAGUUUUUGUCACUGUAUAUCCUACUAGCCAUCUUACACCUUCCGGUGUUAUCCAGCCCAGUGACUUUGACCCUGACCAGACCAUUCAUCAAACUGCGUUCCCUACUACACCCAUCCCAAUUUCUUCAGCUGAAUCUGUUGAGGCCGCACACACCAGUGUCAAACCCUUCACCACACUCACAAUCGACGUUUGGGGCAGCGAUCCUGAUUCAUCAAACGCUUUUCCAUCUGAUGAUCCGUCCGCCCCUGUCUACACUGAUGGCGCUUCUGACCCUGCUGAGACCUCCGCGGACUACCCUGGUGGUUCCCCUUCACAGACACCUUGGCCCAGCAAUUUACCGAUGUCUGAGCCUUGGGAACAUCCCACACCAUCAGAUGGACAGUCAUCUUUCAGCGCUGGACCGGUUGUUGGUUCUCCUACCGCUGUUCCUCCUGAGAACUCCGCAUACGGCAAUGGGGAUGACUUCCCUAACAUUUCUUCCAACCCCAAUGGCGGACAACCAUCAGAGUACUCUUCACCAACUGGUACAGGCGCUGGUGGGAACGGCAACCAUCCUAUUCAAGUGACAGUCAUUGGCUCAGAUGGGAAACCAACAGUCCUCGAAUUCCCUGGCGCCCAACCCAGCAACGGCAAUGGCAAUGGCGCUGGCCAACCUUUUCCCACAGUCACCGCUCCGACCUCUGGCUUCACUCCAGGCGGUGCCUCAGAAACUUCAGGCGUCUUAGCAACGGCAGGUGAGACCAUGUGCACCAGCUACACCAUCCUUGGGCCCAAUGGAGUUCCCACAGUCGUCCACUCUACUUGGGUCGACUUCCCAACAGCCACUGCUGGCUUCCCUUCUGGUUUCCAAUCGGAUUUCCCAUCAGGUCUUCCAUCAGGCCUUCCAUCGGGUUUCCCCUCUAGCCUUCUCUCCGGCCUUCCUUCUGGCUUUCCCACCGGCCUUCUCUCCGGCCUUCCUUCAGGUUUUCCAUCAGGCUUUCCUUCUGGGUUUCCUUCUGGAUUUCCUUCUAGCCUUCUCUCCGGUCUCCCAACCAACCCCAGUGUCAUCACGGGCUUGCCUGGCGGACCAGUCAUCGCGACACACACUGAGUUCACUGUUCUUGGCCCUGAUGGACUUCCAACUGUCAUUGAGUCCUCCUGGCUGGUGCCCGCACCGACGAACACGCAGCUGGGUAUCUCUGGUCCGAAUUCCGUAGGUGGAUUCCCAAAUCAGGUCACGGGCAUCCCAACUCAAACUGCUGGAACGGCGGCUGGCGUGAGCGUGGAUGGCAGUACAACUUGCACAAGCUAUACAGUACUGGGACCUGAUGGCCUCCCAACUGUCAUUGGUACCACUUGGGUCGUUCCAAACCCGACUGCCGGCGCGAUUCCCGCCAACGUCGUCACUGGAGUCCCAAGCCAAGUUAGCGGAGUUUCUGGUUUUCCUUCACAGUUUGGAACGAAUGUUGGAGGUGCGAGUGCCGUCACGACUUGCACGAGUUAUACUGUCCUGGGACCUGACGGUGUUCCCACAGUUGUUGAGUCCACCUUUGUUGUGCUCGCGAGCAGCACUCUUCCUGCAGUUACCAACGGACUGCCUCUGCCUCCUGCUCAAGCUUCUGGCUUUCCACAAGGCACCCCAAACCUUCCAGAGGGAGGUAAUUUUGCCACAACUUGCAUCACAGUCGGCGUUAUAGGACCAGAUGGAUUUACAACGCCUGCUAUCCAAACCCUUGUCAUCCCUACCAGUGGUCUAGGCAAUGCUUUGCCUGCCCAAACCAACCUUGGGUACCCUUCUCUUGUUCCUGCCCAAACCGGUCUUCCUCUUCCCCAAGGAGGUCUUUCUGCUACUCCUGCUGGAAGUGGACUUUUCACCACCUGCAUUACGGUUACCACACUAGGACCAGAUGGCAUGGCAACGCCUGUUGUUCAGACUAUUGUCGGUUUGCCGAGUGGUGCCAAUCUUGGGGCCCCGAGUGGGAGUCUGAUCAACCUUCCUACCCUCACUCAAUACGGAUCUUUUGGCACUGGUCUGCCAGUUGUUUUGCCGCCAUCUGCAGUGGUUUCUGGCCUUGCGGAACCAACAGGGACUGUCACUGGUACCCGCACUUCGACUUUUACUGUCACCAAUGGUCCUGAUGGACGGCCUGCCUCUCUCAUUCCGUACGGUGACGAGUGGAACAAUCAAGCUCCAGUGUUGGAAUCUUCGCCGCUGUCAAAUAAUGCCUACGGCUCGCUUCCAAGUGGCCCAUCGCAUCUUGCAACGGCUCUCCAGACUAGUACAUGGACCAACGUCAUACCGGAGCAAACCACCACCUACACCAUCAACUUUCCUCUUACUACCAUGGCGACUGUUACUCUUCCUAAUCGACGUGUCAUGCGACGUCAGCAAGAGUCAGUAAUGUCAGAGUUUGUGUGGGACAACUCUAGUGCUACUCUCUCCUUUCCGGCCUUUAGUAUCCCGAGCCCCUUUACUCCCGUUCUUCCUUCUGUGACAGAUUCCGUGCCACCGCAAGCUUCUGCUGUGGACGGAUCAGAUUUCAGCCCUAUGUGUCCUACUGGUGGAAAGAUUGGCAAUUUUACACUCGACUUUGAUGAUACCAAGGCUGGUCCAUUCUUCAAUCCUUCUCGCGAUAUCUGGUUCUCUCAAGGGUUCCUCAUCGCGCCCCCAUCGUCCCAAACCUCUCAAUCUUACAAUCCUUCGUCCGGCGGCCAGCUUGUGGAAUUUAUGCCACCAUCCCUGCCUUUAUCAGCUCAUUCUAAUGCGGGGGACACUGCUGAGAUUGGUGUUGGUCCAAAUGCUCCAAAUCACUGCUUCAGAUUUGACUUCCAGGGCGCGAGCCUUGGCUGUGCGGCAGAAGGUGCCGAAAACUGGUGUGACUUUGAAGUUUCAGCAUACCGCUACAACGACGUUUCGCAAAGAGAGGAAUCAAUAGCCUGGUCUGAGACGAAGCAUAUUCCAGCAUGCCCCAACUUCCCUCAUGGGAACUGCCGGUUGACCCCUGUGUCGUUUGGUGGCUACACGAACAUCACGUCGAUUCUGAUCAAUCUCCGUGUUGGCAAUGAAGUACGAGUCUGGUGGGGAGAUGACUUCAAAUUCGGCUGGAGCGACAAUGGUUGUGAUGCCGCGGCUUGUCGCGCGAAUGCUCUUCCUCAACCCGUCAAGCGUGAGGCCAUCGAAUCAGCCGUCCGCCAAGGAGUCUGGCACUGGACUCCGCGUGGGCUGAAGCGACUUGAUGACGGAUACAUCUGGGAAUCAGUAUAA